AUGGAGAAGGGAAACCUGUCAACAGUGACUGUGUUUGUCUUCACUGGGUUCCCUCAGCCCAACAAUGGCGGCCUCCUGUACUUUUUCCCUUUGCUUCUCAUCUACAUCUUUAUUGUGACAGGAAACCUGAUGAUCUUCUUUGCUGUAAGGUUGGACCGCCGUCUUCACAAUCCCAUGUAUAACUUCAUAAGUAUCUUCUCAUUUCUUGAGAUGUGGUAUACGACAGCGACCAUCCCCAAGAUGCUCUCCAAUCUGAUCACUAAGCAAAAGACAAUUUCGUUCAUUGGCUGCCUCCUGCAGAUGUAUUUCUUCCAUUCUCUUGGAAACACUGAAGGGACCCUUCUCACUGUCAUGGCUAUUGACAGGUAUGUUGCCAUAUGCAACCCACUUCGCUACCCGAACAUCAUGACACCCCGGCUUUGUGCUCAGCUCACUGCUGGUUCUUGUCUAUUUGGCUUCCUCAUCCUUCUUCCUGAGAUUGUGUGGAUUUCUACUCUACCUUUUUGUGGCCCGAAUCAAAUCACUCAGAUAUUCUGUGAUUUCACCCCUUUGUUGAAGUUAGCCUGUACGGAUGCCUCAGUAAUCCUAGUUCAAGAUGUGAUUCAUGCUCUUGCUAUUCUGAUAACGAGUCUGAUUAUUUCUCUUUCUUAUAUAAGAAUCAUUGUUGUUAUCCUAAGCAUCUCCUCAACAGAGGGUCGUAAAAAAGCCUUUUCCACCUGUGCUGCCCAUAUUGCUGUCUUCCUAUUGUUUUUUGGCAGUGUGGCCCUUAUGUAUCUUCGAUUCUCUGCCACUUACACACCAUUCUGGGACAACGCCAUUGCUCUUACAUUUUCUGUAUUCGCUCCCCUUUUUAAUCCUAUUAUAUACAGCCUGAGAAAUAAGGACAUGAAAGAUGCAAUUAACAAACUCUUUUGCUCUCAAAAGGUGUCCAAUGAAUCAGGGAGGUAA